AUGAGAGGACGACUUAAAGAUUUCUGCAACUUGAAGAGCCUAACAAUAUUGGCUCUCUCCGGAAACCUGAUCAAUGGCGACAUCCCUCUCUGCUUAGGUAGCAUGCAGUCCCUUAAAGUGUUAGCCCUGUCUGGUAAUCAACUCCAAGGUAGCAUUCCUCCCUCUGUUAUCAACAAUCUAACCAACCUUCGUACCAUUAUGCUUGGUGACAAUGACUUUCAGGGUGUGCUGUCUUUUUCUAUGUUUGCAAACCUUUCAGAGUUGCUCACCAUUGAAUCCUCUGGAAAUCAUAAAUUAGAGAUUGAAACUGAAACCACCCGAACUUGGGUUCCAUCUUUCCAACUAGAAUUCCUUGGGUUGAGAGGGUGUCCUCUCAACAAGCGCAGUGGUGGUAAUAUUCCAAGUUUCAUCUUCAACCAGUCUAGAAUCGACAUCCUAGAUUUGUCAGGCACCUCUCUUCGUGGGAAUAUCCCUUCCUCACUACUCUACAACUCCUCUUUAGGAAUGUUGCUACUAGCAGGCAACCUUCUUGAUGCGAACAUCAACCUUUUAUUUCCUUCUAUUAAAGCUCUUGACAUGUCAAGAAAUGCUUUUCAUGGAGGAAUUCCGGAAUCCAUUAGCAAAAUCAGUUUGAUGCUUCGCGGCAAUGCCUUUACUGGAAACAUCCCACAAUUUUUGUCCAACCACACUGGAUUAUUUGUCUUAGACAUUGGAAAUAACCAGUUCUAUGGCAAUAUCCCAAGUGGGUUAUAUGAACUUCCUCUGAUAGGAGCAGUCCUUUUAGAUGAAAAUGGAUUGGAAGGUCAAAUCCCAAUACAGUUCUGUCAAAUACAGAGCUUGCAGUUCAUCGAUCUCUCUAGCAAUCACCUCUCAGGAGAAAUUCCCUCUUGCAUCAACAAUGUUACUACGUGGAAGGAUGAUCAGCCUUCAAUGUUCCCAUCUGCUGUAAUUCAAUACAAGGAUAUUUCUUUAAAUUGGCCAAUCAUUGAUUUUACAACAAAAGAGCGAAAGAACACUUACAUCAGUCAACCACUCUAUCUGAUGACUGGGAUCAAUUUGGCAUCCAAUCAAUUGAUGGGAAGUAUUCCUUCUGAAAUUGGAAAUCUAAAGAUGCUCCACUCAUUGAACUUGUCCAACAACCUCAUCACAGGUCCUCUUCCUGUUUCUAUUGGAAACAUGGAAAACCUAGAAAGCUUGGAUCUUUCUCGGAACCAUCUCACUGGAACGAUUCCUCCGGAGAUGGUUCAGCUCAAUUCCCUUGCUAUUUUCAACGUCUCCUUCAACAAUCUGUCUGGCAGGAUUCCAAAUGAGAAGCAAUUCAAGACCUUCGAUCAAAAUAGCUACCUUGGGAAUCCUGGUCUUUGUGGUCAACCGUUGGAAAGGAAUUGCUCUUCAGAUUUCCCAACACCAGCUAACAGGGAAGAGGAAGAAGGUGGUGAUGAAGAUGAAUCUGGCAUUCUAAACAACCAGAUGAUUUUCUACUCAUUCAUUGCUAUCUCAUUUACUCUGGGAUUUUGGGUUGUCAUUGGUCCUCUUCUCUUUUGUAAGAGAUGGCGAUGGGCGUAUUUUGGAUUCUUGGAUAGGCUUAUUGACUGUUGCCUUUAG